AUGGGCGAUGUCCACACAACCGACUCCUUGGGAGCUGAAAAAUCACUAUCUACAGCCCAAUUAAAAUCUCAACCAAACAAUGUUUAUAAUAAUGUUCACGAUAUAUUAAUUACAUCACCAAAAUCUCCGAAGUCCAACCACACGAUAAGCAAUAACAACUCACAUCUUAAUAACGUUUUAAAUACAGAAACAAACCCCGAAACUGCAAAAACUAAUCCCAUCAUUUUUUCUGAGGCAAUAGCAUCCAAUGCCAGUUCAAAACUUAAUUCAGCAAUAGUCUUCAUGGCAAUUAUGGCAUAA